AUGACAAACCCUCUAGACUGGAGCGGACCAAACGAUCCAGAUAACCCAGUUAAUUGGCCAAACUGGAAGCGAUAUUUCCAUAUUGUUCCUCCAGCCAUAAUUUCCUUUACAGCGACCUUAGGGGCAUCAAUCUAUACACCUUCCUAUCCCAUCGUCCAGGAAAAGUUCGACACGAGCUCUACAGUAGCACUCUUACCCCAGUCUUUGUAUGUUCUAGCACUGGGGUUUGGACCUCUGAUCGCUGCUCCGCUCUCCGAAACAUAUGGAAGGUACAUUGUGUACGCAGUCACUACGCCCCUGGCAGCAGUUUUCACCGUGGGAGCUGGAUUCUCGCAAAACAUACAAACGUUAUGCGUUAUGAGAUUCUUCGCCGGAAUGGCUUUUAGCCCUUCGUUAGCUAUUGGUACGGGAAGUGUUGGUGACCUAACUGUGCCUGAAAGAAGAGCGGCUCCAUCGGCGCUCUACAUCAUGACACCAUUUCUGGGCCCGGCGUUCGGUCCUGUGUUAGGCUCCCUCGUAACCGUCAAGAUGUCCUGGCGCUGGACGCAAUGGACUUUAAUAUUCUUUGCGAUCCUGUCAAUGAUUGUGCUUGCGUUCUCUCAGGAAACAUACAAAGCAAGUAUUCUCUCUAAGAGGGCGCGACGGCAGAACAUUCCACUUCCCUCUGGACCACCAACAUCAACCAAAAUAAGACGAUUCUUCACCAUAACACUCAUUCGUCCAUUGCAUAUGCUACUCUCUGAACCAAUCGUCGGCUUCUUCAGCCUUUACACUGGGUUCAACUUCUCGGUCGUCUUUGCGUUUAUGGCGGCCUAUCCUUUUAUUUUUCGAUCUGUUUACAACUUCAGCACGAUUCCCUCGGGGUUGGUCUUCCUCGCCAUCGGGCUUGGUGGAGCUUUGGCCGUACCUACGGUCCUACUUUGUGAUCAUUAUUUCUAUCAACCCCGUGUUCGUGAGUCCAAAAUCUCCGGCAAGGGUGGGAUAGUUGCCCCAGAAUAUCGUCUUUAUCCUGCAAUGGCGGCUUGCUUCGGUGUACCGAUGGCGUUGUUUUGGUUUGGUUGGACUGCUCAACCAACAAUCUCUUGGUGGAGUCCUGUGAUCGCUUCAAUUCCUUUUGCAUGGGGAAACUCGACAAUAUUUAUUUCUGCAACUGCAUACCUGCUUGAUACUUAUCAAGCUCUCUACGGAGCCAGUGCGAUGGCGGCCAAUGCUCUUGUUCGGUAUCUCCUUGGCGCCGCUCUGCCGUUGUUUACCUUACAAAUGUACAAAGGUCUAGGGAUAGAAUGGGCUACAAGUCUAUUGGGUUUCAUUUCUGUUGCAUGUAUUCCGAUUCCGUGGGUCCUUUUCUUCUACGGCCCAUCCAUUCGAUCGAGAAGUGGUUAUGAGACAAUUAAGGUGCCAGAGUAA